AGCCCGGACAAAGAUUGGACGCUCCUGAAGGAUCUUCUGAAUGAAUGUCUUUUCGACCAUAGUAAGACCGAGGGCACACCGUGUGAAUGUACCAUAGAAUAGUCGAAAAUGCUUCCAGCACAACGCUCUCUUGUUUCUAUUUUCCUAGAGAGGGGUUCAUCUACAUCAUGCAACACUCUCACUCUAAUAAACUCAUUACGGAUCCUGCCAGUUCUAUCAGAUCUACAUCUAACACUUCUCCUAGCAAGGCACCAAGCUUCCCCCACCUCUCUCGUGAGAGAUCGGGCACCAUCACAUCAGAAGCUUGCGAGUCCAUGGCCAUCCGUCCAUUGUAUGGCAUUUUUUGGUACAAAUAUCACGGGCACCUUUUUGUGUACAAUAAGAUGUUUUUUUUAAAAUUUAGACAUUGGAAACUUAUGUUUAAGCAUACCCCCACUAUCCGGUCGUUUGUAUCUUAAGGCAUUGAAAUUAGAUUUUAUUCAAGGCAUUUUUCUGUAUGUGAUCCAUUUUUGAACUCAGGUGGCAUUUUUAUUUUGUAUAUCAUGUCAUUUUUUGAGUAGCUAAUCUAAGUCAGGUCCAAAAUAAACAAGUUUAAGCUUAACUAGGUCCUUGUUUUUGCCCAACUAGGGGCACGUGCUUGUGAGGGUCAGUUUCUCGUACACAGAGGGUUUUGCUCUUGGGGUUCUUUUCAGCGAUUGAAGACGCUCGCUGAGCCGUUCCCUGGCAAACUAAUCGCCCGCUGCCCCAACUAUCGUUCCCCAGAUAUUGCGGUAGUUUUCCAAUCAAUUCGCAUGGACGUCUAUUUUCGUCAGAGGUGUGGCUAUCCGUGUCCAGUUGACCUACCCGAUAAAAUCCAUCAAUGAUUUUUGCAAAAGACUUUGCCUAAGAGAAUCACAACCAAAUAUGAAACCAAGUGAAACUAGAGAAAUUUGAAAGAACGCUAUGGUCAAGAACACCGGAGAAGUAACAAAAGAACUGCUGGAAUGAGCUGCCCCUUUGUCCAAUUUUUCGUUGGCGGGAUUCUUCAGUUUUAUUUCGUAAUCAUGCUCCUUGUAAUUAAGUAGAAACCAUAUAGUGAGGGGACAGUUUUUUUCGAUUUUCUUCCCAUUUUCAUAUAGCAGUUUUUCAGGCAUUUUGGAAAAAGCAAAGUUGAAUAAUAAUCGAACAAAAAUCCCAUAAUAUUUUUUCCGAGGGGAAAAAAUCCCAUAAUAAAUCUCAAAAAGUUUUUUUUUUGUUUGAGUUUUUUUGAUAAAUCUCAAAAAGUAGACCAAGCAAUACUUGCCGCUGCGCACAUGCAGCCCAUCACGAGAAAGGAGAUCCAGUACGUAGUUCUGUUCAACUCGGUCCGGUUCUCAUUCCGUCGCGGCGAUCGCUGACCUCCCUCCAUCGCCGCAACUGCAAAACCCUCCUCGCCGGUAACUUACCCCUGCGACCAUCCAUGGCCACCUUCACCGGAGCACCGCUCCCGCCGGCCGGCGCCGGAAAGGAGAAGCCGCUCGCGCGCCCCGCACCGGCAACCGCUCCCGCGGACCUCGCGAAUCCAGGGAAGAAGACGCGCCGCCGGGUGCCGAUGACGGACGAGGAUCGGUGGAGGAUCGACCGCCUGAAGGAGCUGCACGCGUCAGGGACCGAGGAGCUGCACGAGCUGAUGGACAUACACAAGGAGCUGCGCGACUACCACGACGAGCUUCUGUUCCGGCGGAGGUGCCUGGCCGCGCGCCUGGUCAGCCGGGUCGCCUUCCAGCGCCGCGACGCCGCCGCCUACGUCAAGCACCACCUUGGCCUUGGCCUGAAGGUGGGGGAUAAGCUGCCGGAGGAGCUCAAGCAGGCCAGGCCGCCAAUCUCAAUGGCCCUUUUCUUGUGGCAUGAGAUGGGCAGGGCCUUGUACAUAGGCAUGGAUAACUUCAUGGAUGAGUACAGCAACACCGAAGAGUACCGGAGAGGGAUGCUGGCGUUGGUGCCCGGGGCUGUCCCUGAUGAGAACGGAGCCCCGCCGGAUUCUGUUUGCUUGGUGUGGAUGAGUGCUUGUUUAAUCCUGAGAACGAAAUGUUGCUAAUGCAUGUUUUGUUGUGUUCAGGAUGACUACUUGUUUGAUGCUAUUGUGUUGAGCAUGAUUUAUUUAUGGCGUGAGUGCUUCAAUCAAACCAAGUGGACUAAUCCUUUAUUUUUG